AUGGGCAAAAUUAAUAAAUCGAAAGCAAAGAAAUCGAAAAAAGAUGAAGAUGGUCCAAUGUUCGAUUUUGUUGAAGAAGAAGUGACCGAAGACUUUCCAGAAGAAGAUGAAGAGGAAGAGAUCCCGAAAAAAGAAAAAGAAAAACUGAAGUUAAAGAAGAAGAAGACGAGUUGACUGAUGAGAAAAUUCAGGAAUUAUUGAAGAAAUAUGAAGAGUCAAAACUUGCGGCAACAAAAAACAAGGAUGAUUUCAAACAUUUGCCGAAAAAUGAGAGAGGAAAAGCGUUGAAAAAAGCAUUGAAAAAGGUAAGAUGCCUUAUUCAUAAAUAUAUUAUUUUUAUAAAUUUCAAUAUUUUCAGGACAAAAGAGCUCGUCAAGAAGAAAGACAGAAAAUUCGUGAUGAACUUGGUGGUUCGGCACCUCAAAAAGAAGUUCCAAAAACAAUUGAAAGUACAAGAGAAUACGAUGCAACUAUGGUGAAUGAAGAUGAUGAUGAAGUUGAACAUGAUGAGGCAAAUGAUGAAUUUUCAUCGUAUUUUAAAAGAGAAACAUCGCCAAAAGUUAUGAUAACUAUGUCUCCGAAAUCUAAAUUGGUUAGUUAAUCAAAACUAAUGUAAAUCUGAAAUUCUUCUUGUUCUUUCAGACAACAUGGAAAUUCUGCUAUGAACUUCAAAAGUGUAUUCCAAACGCAGAAAUUUAUUCAAGAAAAAAUGUUUUGUUGAAAAAAAUCAUCGAACAAGCUAAGGAACGAGAAUUCACUGAUCUCCUAAUUGUCCACGAGGAUCGCAAAAAACCAAGUAAGAAAAUUUCGAACUUGAAAAAAAAUAAAAAACAUUUUUCAGCUGGAAUCAUUCUUUGUCAUUUACCAGAAGGGCCAACUGCAUAUUUCAAAAUCAAUAGUCUUACAUUCACACAAGAUUUGAAGGUAUUUUUGAGAUAAUUUUCGAAAAAAAAAUAAUAUUGAAAUUAAUUGUGAUUUAGAAAUUCGGAGAGUCGACUUCUCAUUUCCCGGAAAUUAUUUUGAACAAUUUCAACACCAGACUUGGUCACAAGUGAGUUUUUUUUCAUCCUGAACCACAUACAUUUCAAAAUAAAAUAAUUUUCUUAGCAUCGCUCGAAUGUUGGCUUGUCUAUUCCCACACGAUCCAAAAUUCACCGGCCGUCGAGUUGUCACAUUCCACAAUCAACGAGAUUACAUCUUCUUCCGACAUCAUCGAUACGAAUUCAAAAAAGAAGGAGAAAAAGCGGCGCUUUUGGAAUUGGGACCUCGUUUCACAUUGAGAUUAAAAUGGUUGCAAAAGGGAACAUUUGAUGCGAAAUGGGGAGAAUUCGAAUGGGUUCUUAAAGUUAGUUUGACCUUUGGAAUCAGAUUAUGUAUUGAAAUUCCUAUUUUUCAGCGUCACGAAAUGGAAACUUCUCGACGACGAUUCUUCCUUUAA